AUGAUCAAUCUGGUGCAGAACAAGAUGUUCCAUGAGUUGUCUUGUGAAGACCCAAUAGAUCAUCUUGAUGAGUUUGAUAGGCUGUGUGAUCUCACCAAGUUAAAUGAUGUCUCUGAAGAUGCCAUCAAGCUGAGACUCUUCCCUAUGUCUCUUGGUGAUAAGGCUCACCAAUGCGAGAAUAGCCUGCCCCAUGGUUCAAUCACUACAUGGGAUGAGUGCAAGAAGGCCUUUCUUGCUAAGUUUUUCUCAACUGGGCGAAAUGCUAAGCUAAGGAGUGAGAUUUCAGGCGUCACUCAGAGGAACAAUGAGACAUUUGCUGAAGCUUGGGAGAGGUUCAAGGGUUAUACAAGUCAAUGCCCUCAUCAUGGCUUCAACAAUGAGUCUUUGCUUUCUACACUUUAUAGAGGAGCAUUGCCUAGAUACAAAGAGAUGUUGGACACAGCCAGUAAUGGACACUUCCUAAAUCAAGAUGUAGAUGAUGGCUGGCAGCUUGUGGAGAACAUUGCUAACUCAAAUGGGAAUUAUGGAGAGGAUUAUGACAGCCACUCGGCCUCAAACUCGAUCGAGUGUGCUGAGAAACUGCGAACCGACAUGAAAGCUCUCAUUGCUAAGUUGGAUAAACUGACCCUCGCUCAAUCAACUGCGAAGAAUGUCAACUCUGUAUCUGGUAAAGAACUGGUUCAGGUCCAGGAAGGAGAGGAGAACCAAUUCGAAGAGGUCUUUUACAUGAACAAUGGACAGGGUGGCUAUCAGAAGAGUGUACCACCUGGGUUUGCCCCUAUGCCAUCUCAUGCCCCACCUGGUCAGGACAUGGACAUGAAAGCCAUGCUACAGCAACUAUUACAAGAUCAGGCCAAGGGUGCACUUGAUAUGAGCAACAAUAAACUCUCAGAUUGA